AUGCAUGAUUUUCGACGAUUCUUUUGGCUAACUACCGCACGGCGUUUCCUUCACAAAUCAGUUAUCUUCCCGAGACAAAGACACUGCUUAAUGUUGCUUCGGAAAGAACAAAUAGCUUCAACAAACCAAUUGUGGCUAUUCGCUGAAUCAGUCGAGCAUAUUGUGAAGAAAAGUGGUAAUACUAAAAAGAACAAACAUCUUCCCUCACUUUCCUUUUCUCAGCAUGAAAUGGAACAGUCACCGGAUUUUCUCAUUGCUGGAUUGCGAGACAUUUAUCAAAAGCGAUUAACGAUUCAAUCAGAUCUUUUUAUCGACAGCAUUUUGCUACCUCUUGAAUCAAAAAAUGGCAAUCUUGUAGAAUUUCUGCAACGAUCUGCUGACACUCACGUUCCGUUUUUGUUGAGUUUGUGUGGCUUGCCGAUGAGUGAUGCUACUUGUAGUGUUAAAUCUGUAAUAACUGAUCGUUUUUGGAAAGCACUAAUCCAUGCAAACAUUCCAAUAAGUCAUGCAGCGGUAAAGAGUCGUUUGAGGAUCUUAAUUGAAAACGAACAUACAUUUGAUGCUCUGGAGAUGUUGAAAGAAAUUGAAACAACAUUUAAUCUUAAACCGGACGAGGAACUUUUCACUAUUAUUCUGCGGGAGCUUUCAAUGACGGGAAGCAUUAGUGCAGUGAAUUCGAUGAUAAUGGAAAUAAAAAAGCGCAGGUUACCUGUGAACAUGGAAAUGAAAGUAUCUCAGAUAUACUGCUAUUUAAAAAAUGAUGACAACAACGCAAUGGAAUUAGUGCAAAAUGCUAUUACAGAAUAUGGGAAUGAAAUUGAACCGCUAAUUUUCAUGGUGCGCUGUCAAACUGCUAUCGAGAAACGCAAUAUCCAAAAUUUCAAGCUAUUAUUGGAUUCACUUUCUUCAUCGGAUUUGUCGUUGAAAUUACUCACUGAUGAAAUGGUAAUGAAAUUUGUGUGGCUACUAGCGCGUAAUGGCAUCGACUCGAUGGGCAAAGAUCAUGAACGGCUUUGUAUUAAAAUACUUCGGGAAGUGAGAAAGGAACGUGGUUUUUUCAAAUUGAUGGUUCGAGAAGCAAAUCGACAUGCGGUCCAUGGAAUGUUCUAUUCAGCCCUCUCAUACUUUCACACUGAUUUGCAUAUAUCUACCAAAUCUUCUUUUAAGGGCGAAAGUAAUCUUGGACGUCAUAUGGAAUGGAUUAGUUGUUUUUCAAAGGCUUUAACAAAUGCUAAAUUAUCUCUGGGCGAAUUAAAGGCUUUAUUUACUCAUAUCAAUCGAAACACUCAGCAUGCUCAUUUUUUGCUGGAACAUGUUUUGUAUUGUAUUUUGACGCAUAAGUUUCUCUCUGUUCAUGACUCCUUGCUGCUAACUUCGGAACUUUUGAAGAUUUUGGACCCUAAUUGCACCAAGAUUCACGUCGUGGUGCCUUUACUUGUACGCGCAACUGAAGUUGAACAACGCCUCGAAAUAUUGGCUCAUUUUGUAUCACUUGGUUAUAAUGAUUUGAAUCAUUUGAAUUAUGGUGUUGUACGGAAGCUAGUGUUGCAACCUUUACUUGAAAAAGAUAACACAAGAAAGAACAAAUGGAACACUGAACAGCUUGUUCAUAUUUUGAAUAUUAUCAAGGAGUAUAAAAUACCGGAAGAUAUUGCUUAUAAGCUCUUAGAACCUGUUGCGAUUGGAAUUAGCAAUCUGGAAAAGUGGUUGAAAGAGCAAAGUGCUCGAAAUAAAAUUGCUACUGUAAGGAACAGUAGCGAAAUAUCUUCUAGUACACUGAAGGCAUAUAUUUCGAAUCAGGACGUUGAUAAGAUUCAUGAAUUUAUCAAAACAAAUAGCUUGAUAGACUCCUCUGAACUAUUUCAACCUAUUAUUAUGUUAUACAUUCGUAAAGCUGACUGGAAUACUCUCAUGGAAUACAUAAAGCAGAUACAAAGCGAUGGUAAUUUGAUCCAGUUAACUAUUGACAAUAUUUUAUUGAUUGUGGCUCGACAUUUGAAAGAAUUCAGGAAUUUUAGCAUGACAUCUGAUUUCGUUUAUUAUUUGCAACAGUUUGUUCCUAAAAAUCUUCACUCAAAUAUUCGAGAUCAGAAGACGCUGAGAAAGCUAAUAAAGCAGAGCUUAGAACUUUCUCAGGAUACUGUUCAGUCAUUAAUUACCUGCUCACAAAUGUUUAGGACACUCGCAGAUGUUAAGUGGAUUCAGUCCGGUUUCUUUGAAAUUAUCUCAACUUCAUUUACUUCAGCAGCUUUAACAAAGUUUGGUUUCGAAGAAGCUUUGAAAGUUUGCAGCUUUUUCCAAUUUUCUGAUUUUCCAAAUGGUAUCAUUUAUUUGCUGCACUAUGCAAUCAGAAUCGAUGAUGAAAACCUUAUCAACAAAACGCUUGCCUUAGCGAAGACAUAUUGGCCAGAAUGGAAAGUUUCUGUAACCUUUGUUUCGGUUCUGAUUUCUUUAGAGAAACUAGAAGAGGCUAGUCGUCAACUACAAAAAACAAGUAUUCGAUGGAUAAACGCUUUUCAUACCUAUAAGUUAUUAUGUGCUCUACACCUUGAUGAGACACAUAACUUUCACUUCAACUACUUAAGCAUUUUCUCAAAAGCGCUGGAAUACAAUAGACAAGAUGAAGCUUUCACUCGUUUGUCGUUGGGAUGUUUGAAGAAUUCUACUCGAAAAGACCCAGAUCAAGCCUAUUUGGUGAAGCAUUUUAUCAGAAACAUUGGAAAUAUUGAAAAAUAA